AUAAUCCACCUCUUCCUAACACAUUAGCUUUUGGUCAUUCUGCUUUAUAUACACAUCAAGUAAAAAAAUCAAAAAUGGUGAGAAGAAGAGAAGGUCUUACAUUGCCAAUCAUAACACCGGCGCUUCCCGAGGUCAGAACAGCAGCAACAACGCCGGUGGCCUCACAGAAACCAAAACAUCGAUUAUCAAAACAACUUUCUAUGUGUGAAACACCAAGAGACGUUGCUUGGGAAAGAAGAAGACGUCAGAUGAUAAUGAUUCAAGAAAAGAAGUUGCUUCAUAAAGGCGCUUCAGACAAUCUUUGUGUACAAGCGAAUCUAACGGAUGAAGAUUUAAACGAGCUAAAAGGAUCGAUUGAGCUAGGUUUCGGUUUCAAUGAAGAAGCAGGACAAAAGCUAUGCAAUACAUUACCAGCUCUUGAUCUUUACUUUGCAGUGAAUCGUCAGCUCUCGCCUCUCCCUUCACCUAGCAGCAGCCGUAGCAGCAGUGCAUCUGCAUCAGCUUUCUCAUACAGUAUACCUUGUAGUCCAAAAAAAACUGAUUCAGAUUCUUUGAAAAUCUUAUGCCCAGGGGAUGAUCCUCAACAAAUGAAGCAAAGAUUGAGACAUUGGGCUCAAGCAGUUGCAUCGAGGGAGAAAGUUCAGCAAUUCCUGAAUGCAGCUUGUACAGGAAAUCUUGAAUUCCUUAAGAAUGUUGCUAAGCAGCUUGAUGAAGGAAAAGACUUAACAAAAACUGUGGAGAGUAUUAAAGACGCAAACAAGCGUGGAGCGCUUCACUUCGCUGCGAGAGAAGGACAAACUGAAAUAUGCAGAUAUCUUUUGGAAGAACUUAAACUCAAUGCCGAUGCUAAAGAUGAAGCUGGUGAUACUCCGCUUGUUCAUGCUGCGAGGCAAGGACAGAUUGAAACGGCAAAGUAUCUUUUAGAGCACGGAGCUGAUCCCAAUAUAGCAAGUGAACUAGGAGCCACAGCAUUACAUCAUGCGGCUGGGACAGGAGAAAUUGAGUUGCUAAAAGAAUUGCUCUCCAGAGGUGUUCCUGUUGAUUCUGAAAGUGAAUCUGGGACGCCAUUAAUCUGGGCUGCUGGCCACGACCAAAAAGAUGCUGUGGAAGUUUUGUUAGAACACAAUGCCGAUCCUAAUGCUGAGACUGAAGAUAAUAUCACUCCGUUGUUAUCUGCAGUGGCAGCGGGUUCUCUAGCUUGCUUAGUGUUAUUGGUCAAGGCAGGUGCCAAAGCUAACGUGUUUGCUGGUGGUGCAACUCCAUUGCACAUUGCGGCUGAUAUUGGAAACCUUGAGUUAAUUAACUGUUUACUUAAAGCUGGGGCUGAUCCGAAUCAGAAAGAUGAGGAGGGAAAUAGGCCAUUAGAAGUUGCAGCUGCUAGAGACAACAGAAAGGUUGUUGAGAUCCUCUUCCCAUUGACAACAAAAUCCGAAACUGUUUCGGACUGGACAGUAGAUGGAAUUCUCGCUCACAUGGAAUCAAACAAAGAACAAGAGGAAAACUCAAACAAGGCGAAAUCCCAAGAGACCGGUAUCAAGAAAGAUCUUCCUGAGGUCUCACCAGAAGCAAAGGCAAAAGCCGCGGAAGCAAAAGCAAGAGGACAAGACGCCUUUCACAGAAAGGAUUUCCAGACGGCUAUUGAUGCUUACACACAAGCAAUUGAUUUUGACCCAACGGAUCAUACCUUGUUCUCAAACCGGAGCCUCUGCUGGCUGCGACUAGGACAACCUGAGCAUGCCUUAUCUGAUGCUAAAGCCUGCAGAGAACUAAAACCAGAUUGGCCUAAAGGUUGCUUCAGAGAAGGCGCUGCUCUGCGUUUGCUACAGCGGUUUGACGAGGCAGCCAAUGCUUUCUAUGAGGGAGUACUGCUUAGCCCUGAAAGCAAAGAGCUCAUUGAUGCUUUCAGAGAAGCUGUAGAUGCCGGAAGAAAGUUUCACGGCAAGGAUGAGGUUAAGGCCAAAUCAUAAGAUCUUGGAGAGAUGGCACUUUGUAGUAUCUGUAUGAAGUUUUGAUCUGCUUCUUACCUUUGUUCUCAAUGUUCUGAAAAUUUAGGAACAAAGUUUUGUUUGUGGUUGGAUUUGGUAAUUUGUCCGAGUUUACAGCUUAGAUAAAAAAUUAGUCUGAUU